UUUAUUCUUUAAAUGAUUUAUUCAUUCAACAAUUCCAUUGACACCAUUAUUUUUCUGUAUUAUCAUUAUUUAUCUUAUUUUUUCUUGCCUGUGCACCAGUUGACUUUUAUAGUAGGACAAAAAUACUGUGGAAGUCAAUGGCUCUGUUUGGAAGCCAACUGAGAGUAGUUUUAUGUGGGUGGCUCUUGUUGAAUAUGUGGAAACUAUCACGCUGUUCACUAAGAAGAUGCAGCAAUUGUUAUGAUAUUAGUGAAAAGGAGUACAAUGAGCUGAAAAUUAUUUUAUUAUGAAGGAUUUUCUAACAGUUUUUCUGACAUUUUUGCCUUUUAUCCAACACCGUUAAUUGCACACAUUUUGAACAACACAGUUACAUAGUGUAUUGGUAUUUAAUUUAAUUGGUAUGAUUUUUCACAUUGUCAUUAUGGGGUAUUGUGUGUAGAAUUUUGAGGAAAUAAAUGAAUUUAAAAAAUUGUAGAAGAAGUGAAGCGCUAUGAAUACUUUCCGGAUGCACUGUAUGUGUUAGAUUCUGAAUCAUAAUAAGGUUAUGGCUUUCUAUUGGUGUGACUUGCUAUUGCCAAAAUUUUCUGCAGUAAAUGAGCAAAGAAGUGGACUUUGAAGCUUGGCCAUAGAUAAGAGGGAACUAUACACACGCAACCUAUCUGGAGCCCUGCACACUUGGAAUAUUGUGCCAUGGAUGCCAACCUCUGUUAAAACUGUUUAACAAUACAGGAAUCAUCAGUCAUGGAUUUGUUGCACCUUUACGAGUGGAUCGAUAUCAAAAGUAUUUUGGUAUUUCUUUGUGUGUUUUUAUUGCUGGGUGAUUAUAUUAAAAAUAAAGCGCCGAAGAACUUUCCUCCUGGACCCUGGUCUUUGCCGAUUAUAGGAGAUCUUCAUCAUAUUGAUAAUAGUAAGAUUCAUCUUCAGUUCACAAAGUUUGCAGAAAAAUAUGGCAAGAUUUUCAGUCUGAGACUUUUUGGACCAAGAAUUGUAGUGCUGAACGGGUAUAACUUGGUGAAAGAGGUGUAUAUAAAACAAGGAGAAAACCUCGCUGAUCGACCAGUGUUGCCACUAUUUUAUGAAAUCGUUGGAGACAAAGGUUUAGUUCUUUCCAGCGGAUAUAAAUGGAAGCAUCAGAGGAGAUUUGCACUCUCGACUCUUCGAAAUUUCGGAUUGGGGAAGAAAAGCCUGGAGCCUUCUAUCAAUCUCGAAUGUGGCUUUCUGAAUGAGGCCAUUUCAAAUGAACAAGGCCGACCCUUUGACCCUCGCUUACUUCUGAACAACGCUGUCUCGAAUGUGAUCUGUGUGCUGGUGUUUGGUAAUCGAUUUGACUACAGUGACCAUCAUUUCCAGACUCUGCUGAAGAACAUCAAUGAAGCUAUGUAUCUGGAAGGAAGCAUCUGCGCUCAACUUUAUAACAUGUUCCCAUGGCUCAUGCAGCGACUGCCUGGACCACAUAAGACACUUUUUGCUCUGUGGGGGAAGGUGACUGACUUUGUUCGAGAGAAGGUGAAUGAACACAGAGUGGAUUAUGAUCUAUCAAAUCCUCGAGACUACAUUGACUGCUUUCUAGCUGAGAUGGAAAAGCUUAAAGAUGACACAGCUGCAGGGUUUGAUGUGGAGAACUUGUGCAUCUGUACUCUGGAUCUGUUUGUAGCAGGAACUGAGACCACCUCCACCACUCUGUAUUGGGGUCUUCUCUACAUGAUAAAACAUCCAGAGAUACAAGCUAAAGUUCAGGAGGAGAUUGAUGCUGUUGUUGGAGGCUCACGGCAGCCAUCUGUAUCAGACAGAGACGACAUGCCCUACACCAAUGCUGUCAUUCAUGAGAUACAGAGGAUGGGAAAUAUCGUCCCAAUAAAUCUGGCCAGGACUACUUCAGAAGAAACUCAGAUAGGACAAUACUCUAUUCCAAAGGGCACAAUGGUGACCAGUAAUUUGACAUCAGUGCUGUUUGAUGAGUCUGAGUGGGAGACGCCUCACUCUUUUAACCCGGGUCAUUUCCUGGAUGCUGAGGGCAAAUUCAGGAGGAGAGAUGCCUUUUUACCUUUUUCUCUGGGAAAGAGAGUGUGUCUUGGGGAGCAGUUGGCGAGGAUGGAGCUCUUUCUCUUUUUCACCUCUCUGAUGCAGCGCUUCACUUUCUCUUCACCAGCAGGUGUGGAGCCCAGCUUGGGUUACAGACUGGGAACCACAAGAGCUCCUAAACCAUUCAAAUUGUGUGCAGUAUCUCGAUAAGACAGACAGUACUUGUGACUGAUUCUGUAUAUUUACGGAUUUGAUUGUUUUUAAAAAUGCAUUACAAUUCGCUUGCUUUGGAUAAUGAUAUAUAAUUAAGUAUAGUUUGAGCUAGCAUCUACAAAACUUAUGCUGUGUUAACAUAAUUUUUCUGUGGUCAUGAUUUAUAAAAUAGCUUCAACGCAUUAUAAAUGCCUCUCAUGCUACGAGAGGGGUCUGGAUGCAGACCUGGUGCAGUGCAAUCUGAACUGCAUCCAAUGCUUUUUAAUGGGCUCACCUAACCCCACCCCUAACCCUACCCCUCACAGUGACGUCACUAGCUCCAUUUGAGUGCAUUGUGUCUGACAUUGCAUGGCUGAGUGAUCCAAUCUCAGUUUGCAUUGUAAAGGCUGCAUCCGGAUACUAUUGGAUGCUACACCAUGGGGUAUUUAUAUACAUGUAGACCAUUUUGAGGGAUGUAAACAAUAACAAUGGUCCAAAUGUAUUUCCUGUAUUUCACUUCAAAUUUUCAUUGCCUCCAAGACUCUAAAAAGGUCCACGUAUUGAUGAAUAAUGUUAUGGCAGCCAUUUUAGCAUUAAGAUAUGAUUAAAUCGCCUCUUGUUAUAGUUCUGAAAUAGUUUAGUAACUAGGAAAUGUUCGUGGGUCAGUGACAUCGCCACAUUGAAAUGGUCAAUACAGUACUGAAGCAGGUGUGUUUGUUAUGGAUUUAUUUUAAGCUUUGUGCCAUCAUGGGGAGACUCAGUGAUUCACUGUAUACUGUAUGCUUGUCAAAUAAAAGGUAAAGUAGAA